AAAUACAAAAGUAUUUAUUGAAUGACAAUGUACGUUUACUGUUCAUACAAUAACAAUGAUGGCGGAUGAUAUAGCAAAGGGUUCAUUUGAAGGACAAGGGAGAUUAUUAGUAAAACUCUGGAUAAGUUCAAAAGAUAUGACCUAUGAUGCUAAUGUUACGGCUUGCGAACUAAAUACUGACUACUACUGACUUCUAACUAUAUGACAACAAAUAGUUCCUAAUACAAUACGUUCCUGAAAGUAUAAAAUAGGUAAUUAAUGACAUUUUAGACGUGUUCAUAUAAAUAAAAAUAUUUGCAUUCAGUGACAUAUUGGUUCGUAUGUAUGUUUACAGAAAGCACAAUUUUGCUAUAUAGUAAACGCCAGGAUGAUGUCAUUAUGGUUCUUGUAAAAGAAUUAGAGAACUGGCUGAAUUUCCUGAUAAAAAAUGUCAGCUACGAACUACUUGACAACAUAAAGAGAAGAAAUCCGGAAGUACCAUUACUAGUACUGUGUAUCAACAGUACUAGAUGUGCUACGGAUGCGAGUAAUGCAAUCCAGGGCAUUACAGAGUUUCAACAUACAUCCCUGGUUGUUUUUCAUCACAGGGAUGUCCAUGCUCUUUCAUUCACACCAAGCAGCCGAGCUUUUACAGAUCCAGCUAUUAAAGCAUUAGCUGGAAUAUAUGACAUAGCAUUUCUUCAAGACAAAGGAAUUUAUCAUUGUGACUUGAACGAGAAAGCAAUAAAUGGCAUUGUUGCUUUUCUUAGGAAGUAUGUGUAAUUUUUUUCAAAUCAUAUUCGUUGUGUCGUUAUCGACCGUUUAGCUUAAACCUAUUAACGUCAGUUUCCUUUCUGUUAUCAAAAGAAGUAGUUACACUUGUACACAAAUUUCAGAAUGGUCAAAAAUAGAUGUAAAGUAAAAUAAAAAACAUCUAAAUAUGUAUUUAGAUGAUUAUGCUUGUACAAAACUGGUCUUUGUUUUAUUGACCGAAACGUAGGAUAUCUAUGUAUAGUGAUUCUAAUGGCAUUUUGUUAAUGUAACAAGUGAUCAUAUAUUAACGUAAACUUGCAGGUUCGAUUCAGCUCAAUAAAGUCAUAAUUCUAAAGAAUUAAAUUAUAUUAAAUCAAUAAAAGUAUGGCCAUUGAUUAGAUAUUUUGCUACGCCGAUUUAAAGAUAGUGGACCAGCUUUUCAUAUUUUCAAAUAUAAUGUCAUUACAAGUUAAAUGUAUCUAACCAUAAUGUUGAAGAUGCUGUAAUGAUAAUCCUUUAAACUAUUUAUCAUGCAAAGCUUAUUGUUACUAUAUUAGUAUAGAAUAUAUCCUCUAUAAUAUAUCUUCUAUGUUGUUAUCUUGAGUUAAUACCGACAUGAGUUGGUAGAUAAUUAAUCUACGGAUCUAUAUUGUUAAGUAUCCUGCACAUAAAAUGUACCUAUUGUUUUUGAAAAAAAAAACUCAUUUUUUGAAACCAUCUACCAGGAAGUGGGUAACAUACCCAGUAGAUGUAGUCGUUGAAUAUCAAGGCUUAAGUUACAACCCCCUUCGAAAUAAUCGUCUUCAGAGCUGAGCUAUGCAGGUCACACAACAACAUAUGACAAACUUUAUCAUUUUCAUUUCGGAACUUGACAAUGUUAAUAUCUAUUGAACGUGUUUCUGAUUUACAUUUUUUGGAACAGUGAACCAGUGUCAAACCUAUGUUAAAGAUCACCUCUGAAGAGAGACCAUCUGGCUUUAAAGACCACAUGUUUUACUUCCCAUUUUUAACAUUUACAUUGUAUUUUAACCUGAGCAUUAAGACCACCGCCCAAUAAAUACCGCAUUUUGGCUCUCCCAAGGGCGGCCUUUAUAGACAGGUUUGUUUAUUGAACUAAUAUGAGAAAGGUUUAAUUAAGUAGAAAUUGUUCUUAUAUAGAAUGGUAUAAAAUAUCGUCCAUAUUGCGCUUGAUGCAAACACAUUAUGUAUUUUGUUUAUUGCU